GCGACGCUCGCUGCGCAGGGCGGUGGAGACGGGGCGGGGCGCCUGGCGGGCGCUGUCAGGAGCCCUGAGAUAACGCGGUGUGUGUGCGCAAAGGACCCCCCCUCCGCUGACACCAGAAACCACCCGCCAGAGCAGAGACAUCGCUGGGACCAGCUUCCCCUAGAGACGCCCAGACCUUCCUCUGGAUCCUCUGCAUCUUUUCUCCUGCCCCCCACAAAACACCCAAAGCCAGGGCCUUGUCAACUCAGCCAGCCUCCUCCCUAAUCUGGCUGCAUUCAAGGUCACUCAAGCCUCCAUUUGCAAGACCACCGGUUUCCAGGGCCCCUCACCAUGGUGAAGUUGCUGCCCGCCCAGGAGGCGGCGAAGAUCUACCACACCAACUACGUGCGCAAUGCCAGGGCAGUGGGGGUGAUGUGGGGGACCCUGACCAUCUGCUUCUCCGUGCUGGUCAUGGCUCUCUUCAUCCAGCCCUACUGGAUAGGUGACAGUGUCAACACGCCCCAGGCUGGCUACUUCGGCCUGUUCUCCUACUGUGUGGGCAACGUGCUCUCCUCCGAGCUCAUCUGCAAGGGGGGCCCGCUGGACUUCUCCUCCAUCCCCUCCAGAGCCUUCAAGACAGCCAUGUUCUUCAUCGCCUUGGCCAUGUUCCUUAUCAUUGGAUCCAUCAUCUGCUUCAGCCUCUUCUUUGUAGCCAACACAGCCACCGUCUACAAGAUCUGUGCCUGGAUGCAGCUGGCUGCUGCCACAGGCCUGAUGAUUGGCUGCCUGGUCUACCCAGACGGCUGGGACUCGAGCGAGGUGCGGCGUAUGUGCGGGGAGCAGACGGGCAAGUACACGCUGGGCCACUGUACCAUCCGCUGGGCCUUCAUGUUGGCCAUCCUCAGCAUCGGGGACGCCCUCAUCCUCUCCUUCCUGGCCUUCGUGCUGGGCUACCGGCAGGACAAGCUGCUGCCUGACGACUACAAGGCAGAUGGAAAAGAAGAAGUCUGAGUGGCUGAAGGAAAGGUUGGUGAGUACUUCCACCUUGUGCUCUGCAAAUCUGGGGCUGGGCUGUGGGUGGUCCCUGGGCCUGGAGAUAGAGGAACAGCUAGAGCUGGACAGCAUCAAAGACUUUUAUGGUAAACAGGAACCCUGACACUACUGGCAUCAUGAACAGUGGAAAAAGAAUACAAAUAGAAGAAAUACAGG